AUGGGUGGUCAGGCCUUUGAUGAUCUAGAGAACGUCGUUGACAUGCUUGGAGAUCGUUAUGGCAAGGAUUUGGCAUGGGCCAAACAAACCAACCAAAAACUCAAAGAUGCUAAACGUUACUUAAAAGGAGACUACAAGGUAUAAACAAGUGAAAGCUUAUUGUAUUUUUUGUAGAUUCGCGCAUGUAAGAAUCAUUCUAGAAUAGUUGAUUUUGUAUCUGAUUCAUAUAUUCUUUUUAGAUUCACAUUUCUAGCAAUUCUGAAGUUGCGGACCACUGCAGAACAUAUGCUCUCAGUUUUCCAAAUGAUGAAAAUUAUACUAACAGCUGUGAUCAUGAGCACAAGGGAAAGUGUGAUAGAUGCAGUAUAUUUCCUGAGACUCUAGCUGAUAUUUGCGCAUCUUUGGAAGAAGUAAAUUGCCCUCUUGAAGAGAAAGAAAACAUGGAGUACGUUACUACACAAGCAGCUCAACACAUUAGAUCCUGGAAAGCACAUAUUUUAAGAUCAAUUAAUCAGGACGCAGCACGACACGACAUUUUAAAAGUCUUGGAUUCUCAUUCUGCACUUAUCGUUUUAGACUGGGCAAUGAAAUUCAUUCCUCGCAAAUACCGCGAAAGCCAAAGAGAUUGGUUUGCAAAACGGGGACUUCCUUGGCACAUAGCGGUAUUAACAAAGAAGAAUGAUGAUGGCGACCUCCAAGUUCUUACUUUUUUGGACUUGUUUAAGUCUAGUAGCCAGGAUAGUGGCGCUGUUGUUGCAAUCAUUCAUGACGUCUUGAGUCAGCUCUCAACCAUUGCACCAGAUGUGCAUACCGUAUAUCUGCGUCAAGAUAAUGCAGGGUGCUACCACUCUGCAUUAGCUCUGCUUUCUCUGCCAACGAUAGAGAGAUCAACUGGAAUUCAAAUCAGACGUAUCGAUUUUUCCGAUCCCCAAGGGGGAAGGGAGCGUGCGACCGAAAGGCAGCUCAUAUUAAAAAUCACAUGAAUAAAUACCUGAAUUCAGGGAACGAUAUCGAAAAUCCCGAGCAAAUGAAGGCAGCAAUCGAGUCCUUUGAAGGCAUCCCAGGAGUGAAAGUAACAGUGUGCGCUCUACCACCUGGUGUCAAGGGAAUGGCAGGGGAAUAG